AUGACAUUGUUUCGGGUAGAAGAAUGCCGCGGAGAGCAGCCGUUCGCCUCUCACGCGUCUUCCCGACGGCCGAAGUCGUUGCAGCGCCAAAUCGCCGAGGCACUUCGCACUGCAACACAAGCUAGCGUCUUGUUUCCGUGGAAGCUCCGACUCUAUUCCCUCUUUCAGCCAAAAAUUGAGUACUUUCAGCUUCUAGGGUUUCAUGGUCCUGAGUUGGGUGAGCUUCUCUCAAAGAAUGGAAUUCUUUUGGGUUGUAGUUUGAAUAAAACUUUGGUGCCCUCUGUGAAAUGUGUAAGGCAGAUUGUGAAUAACAAGAAAGAUUUAAUUAAGGUGCUUCAAAGAUAUGCGGAGUGGAUAAUUCCAAGGCAACAAAGGGUUUUGGACAAUGCUGCUUUCUUCAAGAGUUGUGGGAUCGUUGGUUCUCAACUUUCAUUUUUAAUAAAGAAAAACGCUCGCCUUUUUGCAAUGCGAGAAUCCCUGGUUAGAAACUAUGUUUCACGGGCUGUAAACUUGGGUUUCUCCGUAAACUCGCGAAUGUUGGUACAUGGGCUCCGGACAAUUAGUAGUAUGAGCAUUGUCAAGUUUAACAGAAAGUUGGAAAUAAUUCAGAGCUGCGGGUUUUCCAGAGAUGAGGCCAUGCAAAUGUUUAGAAGAACUCCAGGGUUACUUGGCAGAUCUGAGACGAGGCUAAAGUUUAAAAUUGAAGUGUUCUUGGAUAAAAUUAUGCUGCCUAAGUCACUACUGGUUAAUAACCCUGUGAUUUUGAUGUUAAACAUGGAGAAAAGGGUGAUUCCUCGAUGGAGGGUACUGAAACUUCUAAUCUCAAAAAAUUUACUUAUGAAUAAUCCAAGUUUUCUUCGGGUGCUUCAUAUGCGGGAGGAGAAAUUCUUGGAAAAGUAUAUUUCCUAG